AAACAACAGUCCGUACAUUGCGAGUUUUCGCCCUGACGAGCCGAGAGAUGACAUGCUCGCCAGCAACAGGCCGCUGACCUGUGCCUCGCUCGCCGAAGCGCCUCCGCAACCAUCCGUAUCGCCAUGCCUGCCACCGACCUCCGCCUGCUCGCCCUCGACGGCGGCGGCGUCCGCGGCCUGUCCUCCCUCAUGAUCCUCCGCCGCCUCAUGGAGAGCGUUGAUCCCGACGCCGACGCCCCGCCCAAGCCCUGCGACUACUUCGACAUGAUCGGCGGCACCAGCACUGGUGGCCUGAUCGCCAUCAUGCUGGGCCGCCUGCGCAUGACCGUCGACGAGUGCAUCGAUGCCUACACCACGCUGUCCGACAGAAUAUUCAAGAAGAAGAACCACCGCGUAACCAUCACAGGCAAGCUCCAGGGGCGGUUCGACGGCGCUGAGCUGGAGCGCGCAGUCAAGGCCAUCUUGGUCAAUCGCGGCCUCGGCGAGGAUGCACUGCUCAAGGACCCUGAUUCUCCUUGCAAAGUCUUUGUCUGCGCCACGAGCAAAGAGACGGGCCAAACUGUCUGCCUGGCCAACUACCGCUCCCCGCGCCGCGACAACUCCGACCUCCUCAACGCUACCACAAUCUGGCAGGCCUGCCGCGCGACAUCGGCCGCGACAACCUUCUUCGACCCGAUUGCCAUCGGCCCCUUCAACCAAGAGUUCGUCGACGGAGCCUUCGGCGCGAACAAUCCAGUCUACGAGCUGUGGAACCAGGCCAAGGACCUGUGGGGCGAUCAGCUGCGGGGCAAUCUCAGAUGCCUCGUCUCCAUCGGCACGGGCCUGGCCGCCCUGCAACCCGUGCGCGACGACGUACUCGGAAUCUCGGCCACGCUGAAAGCCAUCACAACGGAAACGGAGAAGACAGCAGAGCAGUUCCGUCGCGACAAGUCGGACCUCGACGAUGAAGGGCGCUAUUACCGCUUCAACGUGGACCGCGGGCUCGAGGAGAUCGGGCUCGAGGAGUCCACUAAGAAGAAGGAGAUUGCGGCUGCGACGCAACGAUACCUCGAGUCGCAGGCCGUGUUCAAGCAGAUGAAGGCGUGUGCGAACAACAUCGCCGGGCGAGAGUACCACGGCCCCUACCGAACAUCGUUCAGCCUGCAAGGCGUGCCCGCAUCGAGCCACUUCGUAGCCCGACCGUCCGAUACCGAAGAGCUCGAAAAGCACCUUCUCCCACCACGCCGCUCACGAACAACCCAGCGGCGGAUAUUCGUCCUAUACGGACUCGGUGGGAUUGGGAAGACACAGCUGGCAGCCGACUUCGCCCGACGGCACCAGGCCGCCUUCAGCUCGGUCUUCUGGCUGGAUGGCCGAUCGGAGGACCGGCUGAGGCAGAGCCUUGCGAGCUGUGCACGCAGGAUACCGGAGGGCCAGAUUCCCGAGCGGAGCAGGACCGCUGUGUUGCACAGCGGGGAGGAUCUCAAGACGGUGGUGAACGACGUGCUGGACUGGCUCGCGCGGCCGGACAACAGCGACUGGCUCCUCAUCUUUGACAAUGUCGACUAUGGCGUCGAUCAGGGCAGCGAGACGGGCGCCUAUGACGUCCGGCGCUAUCUGCCCGGCGACCAUGGGUCGGUGCUGAUCACGACGCGACUGGCGCGGCUGGCGCAGUUGGGCGGCUCGAUGCAGCUGAGAGCGGCCGACGAACAACUGGCCAAGGCCAUUUUCCAGCAGUGGCGCGGAGCAGACGGAGCUAUGGACGAGGCCGGCAGAGAGCUGCUCGCUCUGCUCGACGGCCUUCCGCUCGCGCUGGCACAGGCUGCCUCAUACAUCCGGGAGACCGGGCUCGAAACCGCGUCGUACGUUCGGCUCUACAAGCAGCAGUGGUCCGACCUGAUGGGAUCGGACGGGGGAUCGGGCUCGCCGCUGCUGGACUACGAACAUGGAAGCGUCGCGACGACGUGGACGGUAUCGUUUAAGGCGGUCGAGGCACAAAACAUGAAUGCGGCGAACCUGCUCCGUCUCUGGGCCUUCCUCGACGGCCGAGACCUUUGGCAUGGCCUGCUGCAGCCGGUUGCCGAUGGCGGAGAGCAGUGGCCUGGAUGGCUGUGUGACAUCGCAGGCAACGAGGUCCGGUACUUGGACGCUGUUCGACUACUGCUCCGGUACUCGAUGAUCGACUCUCAGGAAUCAGUGCCGGGGAGCCAUAUGAUGCAUCCGGUGGUGCAUAGAUGGGCGUCGCACAUGCAGGAUAGCGCCGGGAAAAGAGUCUUCCUGCGGCUGGCGGUGAUGGUAGUUGGGUCAUCGGUGCCCAGCAGUACGAAAAAAGACUACUGGGUGGGCCAGCGGCGGCUCCUGCCGCAUGCGGAGAGGUGCUCAUAUUGGAUAGGAGAGAUUUGUGGAAUGGGGCGAAGCUUUGAGGACGCGGCGGCGAUACACGCAAUGCGUAUGUUGGGCCUCCUCUACAGCGAUCAAGUCCGGCUGACGGAAGCCGAGUCGAUGUAUCAGCGGGCGCUCGAAGGCUCUGAGAAAGUGCUCGGACCAAACCACACAUCGACUCUCGACCUUGUCAACGCCUUGGGCAACCUCUAUGUGAAUCAAGGCCGGCUAGCAGAAGCUGAGCCUAUGUAUCAGCGGGCGCUAGAAGGCCGCGAGAAGGCGCUUGGGCGGGAUGACGUAUUUACUCUGUCGACGGUCAAUGACUUCGGCAUCCUCUAUAGGAAGCAAGGCCGGCUAACGGAAGCCGAGUUGAUGCAUCAGCGGGCGCUAGAAGGCCGCGAGAAGGCCCUUGGAAGGGACCACGCAUUGACUCUCUCCACGGUCAACGACUUAGGUAUCCUCUAUAAGAAGCAAGGCCGGCUAAGGGAAGCCGAGUCGAUGUUUAAGAGGGCGCUAGAUGGCUACGAGAAAGCGCUCGGACGGGACCACGUAUUGACUCUCUCUACGGUCAACGACUUAGGCAUCCUCUACUGGAAGCAAAAUCGGCUAAGGGAAGCCGAGUCGAUGUUUAAGCGAACGAUAGAAGGUUACGAGAAGGCACUUGGACGGGACCACGUAUCGACUCUUGCAGUAGUCAGCAACUUGGGCAUAAUCUAUGGCGAUCAAGGCCGGCUAACGGAGGCCGAGUCGAUGUUGCAGCGGGCGCGAUCUGGGUUGUGGGUCGCCUUAGGGCCGUCUCAUUGGAAAACCGAGGCUGUUAUAGAGAAUCUAGAUUGGUUGGCAGAUGCCAAAGAUUCGUUGGCUAAAACCGAGCCACCACCGCGGAAAGCUAAAGUGAGAAUGCUGGAGAGAUUGCGGGUUAAGUUUCGUCGGUUUCCUCAGGAGCGAAGGUGUCCACCGAGUUGAGGUGCGGCGAAGGAUGAACCGAAUGGCAAACGACCGUCGGCAGGCCCUGUGGAGACUCUGGUACUUCAGGUUGCAAGCGGGAAGCGGCGCUAGGCUCAAACCAUGAUUAUUUUGGAAAUUCAAGGCUCACCUAGUGACACUUAGAGCCGAGUAAACAAUAAAAGGUUGCCAAGAUGAUCUCUUAUCAUGUUGGGGCG